AUGGAGCGGGCUCCAAACCUGCUUCUCUUCUGCAUCUUCACCUUUGCCAUGGUCCUAGUCCCAGAAGCGAAGGACCAAAGUAAGGGAGUGAAGGGAAAGAGAAGAGGGCCAGCACGGUCCACCACAGCUCCCCCUGCCCUGGCUUGGGCCCCGGAUGACACCUACACCCCCAUGGAGGACUACGAACGGAGCAUCCAGGACAUGGUGCGCCAGCUCAAGAACAGCUCCGAGCUGGGUGACACCAAGUGCCAGGUCAACCUGAGGCUCUGGAGGUCCAACCGAAGAAGCUUAUCCCCCUGGGCAUACAGCAUAAAUCACGAUGCAACACGGAUCCCAGCAGACAUCCCUGAGGCCCGAUGCCUCUGCACUGGCUGCAUCAACCCCUUCACAAUGCAGGAGGACCGCACCAUGGCCAGCAUUCCCAUCUACAGCCGGCUGCCUGUCCGCCGGCUGCUCUGUCAGGUGUCGGGCGAGGUGGGGCACAAGCCCUCCACGAAGAAGUGUCAGAAGAAGUACCAGACAGUCAUGGAAACCAUAGCUGUGGGCUGCACCUGCAUCUUCUGA